AUGUUGAUCUUGAAAACGGACGCUUCUGCGAUGUUUUUGAAUCUUGUUUCGAGUGAAUUACACUUAAUAAAGUUCCCAUUGUGCCACCGUUUGUUAGAAUUUUCUACUAAUGUAACUGCGAUUCUAGCAACCCCCGGGUUCAGCCUGAGCCUCAGUGACUGCCAUUGUCCUUGGGUCGGUAGCUUCACUUCUCACUCUUUCUUUUUCCAAUUCAGAGUUUCCUUUGUGUCAAAAACAAAUUGCGGUACAUGGCUACAGAGACCUGUCUGACCACUCAAAAGAGCUGUGACGUGCGCGGGUUUCUAGUCCUACUGUCACACUCUCUAUUGUCUGCCCGAAAAUCCCUUUUCAAGAGAAUGUAUUUAAUUAGAUUGGUUCUUUUGAUUGAUGACUGUAUGUCAUGUCUUAACCGCAUCAUUUAUUGGCAAGUUGGAAGAUGAGGAAGAUCUACUCUCGCAAUAGGUCUCUUUUUUUGAGGCAGUGUUAACCUGAAAGGAAUUUCCAUUGACUAGAACGAUUGCGUAUAUCCAUGAUGAAGUUAGAAAAUCAUUGAGAUUUGUGAUACGAACCAAGUU